AUGGCGAGCCCACCUCCCGUCCCCGAGGACCAGAACCGCCUCCUCGAGGAGGCAUUGGGGGUGGUGCGCCAGCAAUCAGGCAUGAUGCGCAAAUGUCUAGAGACUCCUGGCAAGCUCAUGGAUGCGCUCAAGUGCGGGUCUACUCUCGUCUCCGAACUGCGAACCCCAAGCCUUGGCCCGAAACAGUAUUAUGAGCUGUACAUGGCCGUGUUCGAUGCGCUGCGACACCUAUCCGUCUACCUGAAGGAGAACCACCCCGUCAAUCACCUAGCGGACCUCUACGAACUGGUCCAGUAUGCCGGCAAUAUCGUCCCCCGCCUCUACCUGAUGAUCACCGUGGGAACCGUGUACAUGUCGGUUGAGGAUGCGCCGGUCAAAGAGAUCAUGAAGGAUAUGAUGGAGAUGAGUCGCGGUGUCCAGCAUCCGAUCCGGGGUCUCUUCCUGCGAUAUUACCUGUCCGGUCAAGCUAGAGAUUACCUGCCCCUGGGGAAUGGUGAUGGGCCUGAAGGCAACCUCCAGGACUCGAUCAACUUUGUCCUGACGAAUUUUGUGGAAAUGAAUAAGCUCUGGGUUCGGCUGCAACACCAGGGUCCCUCCAGAGAACGGGACAGGCGGAUCCAGGAGCGGCGCGAGCUCGAACUGCUCGUGGGCAGCAACAUUGUCCGACUCAGUCAAUUGGUGGAUCUCGAAGGAUACAAGUCUGGCAUUUUGCAAGCACUGUUGGAACAAGUGGUGCAAUGUCGGGAUGUUCUGGCGCAAGAAUAUCUGCUGGAAGUCAUCACAAAGGUAUUCCCGGAUGAGUUCCAUCUGCACACCUUGGACCUUCUGCUAUCCGCCAUUGCCAAACUCCAUCCACAUGUCGAUCUCAAGAAGAUUGUCAUCGGGUUGAUGGAUCGUCUUUCUUCCUUUGCCGCCCGAGAGUCAGAAGCACCUGCGGAACCGGAAACACGGAAACAAAAUGAGGAAGAAGCAGUUGCUCGACUGUUUCAGAAACUUGAGCUUGAUAAAGAAGCCAAGGCCAAAGCCAAAGCCCCAGAGUCCGGCGAGGGUGCUGCUGCAAGUGGUGCCGCCCAAGAAAACGGCGCCGAAGGACCUUCCAAGGAGAGUGACAACGCGGCAGAUGCGUCGAAAGAAGAUAAUCAAGUCGCAAAUGGAGGUGAAGCUGGCCCGAAGCCCGGAAUUCCCGUAGAUAUCAAACUCUACGAUAUCUUCUACAAUCAGGUGGUCGACUUGAUCAAGACGCGCGCAUUACCAAUCCAAGACACCAUGGCGCUUUUGGUGUCGCUCGUCAAUCUCGCGCUGAACAUUUACCCAGAUCAGUUGGAAUAUGUCGACCAGGUCCUGGACUUUGCGACCCAGAAGACAAAUGAAUACACUGACCACGCCGAUCUCCACUCUGCACUAACGCAACAGCACAUUCUUCAUCUUCUCGGGGCCCCGCUUCGUUCUUAUGUUUCGAUAUUCACAGCAUUGGCACUGCCGCAUUAUGUACCACUCCUGUCUUCACAAUCUUAUCCCACCCGGAGAGGAAUCGCUGGCGAGAUUAUCCGGAGUAUCCUCAAGAACAGGACUCUUAUUUCGACCACGGAGAAUCUUGACCGGGUGCUCCAGGCGGUGAAGGUUUUGAUCAAGGAGGGACUGCAGCAGGCUGCUGGAUACCCCGGGAUGCAGACCCAGCGGCGAGGUGGUGAGACUGAUGAGACAAUUGAGGAACAAGGAUGGCUUGCAAGAUUAGUACAUCUGAUCCAGUCUCCAGACAACGACACACAACUCAAGCUUCUGCAAGCCACGCGCAAGGCCUAUAACGAAGGCAAUGAGCGGAUACGCUACACCACCCCAGCUAUUGUGACAGCGUCAAUUCGCCUAGCGCGGAAACUGAAGUCGCGCGAGCACUACGAUGACAAUUGGCAGUCGCAAUCAUCUGCGCUCUACCGAUUCAUGCAUCAGAGCAUCAAUAAUCUGUACCAGCGUGUCAACCCAGGCUGCGCCGAUCUAUCUCUUCGCCUGUUUGUGAUGUGCGGUGAAGUCGCGGACCAAACCGGCUUCGAGGAAGUCAGCUAUGAGUUCUUUGCGCAGGCAUUCACCAUCUACGAAGAUGCGAUUAGCGACUCGCGCGCCCAGUUCCAGGCCGUCUGCAUCAUUGCGGGAGCUCUGCACGGCACGCGCGGCUUCUCAAAGGAGAACUACGACACGCUUAUUACCAAGGCCGCCCUACAUGGCAGCAAGCUCCUCAAGAAGCCCGACCAAUGUCGCGCCGUGUAUUUGGCGAGCCACUUGUGGUGGGUAGUCGAAAAUCCGCAGCGUGAGGAUGAUGAUCCUAAAAACCUCUACCGCGAUGGCAAACGAGUCCUCGAAUGCCUCCAGCGUGCCCUCCGCGUCGCCGACGCCUGCAUGGACACCGCCGUCUCCGUCGAGCUCUUCGUCGAGAUCCUCAAUCGCUACGUCUAUUAUUUCGACCAGCAGAACGAGACCGUCACCAUCAAGUACCUCAAUGGCCUCAUUGAGCUCAUCCACUCCAACCUGCAAACUACGGAGAGUGAGCCCAACCCGAGUCUCGAUGGCCCGCAACGUCAUUUCCACCGCACCCUGGAGUACAUCCGGUCUCGCGAUUAUGAAGGUAUUGUAACGGAGACACGGCAGUAG